ACGAGAAAUAAAGAUAGAAAGAAAGAGCGAGGGAGAGAUAGAGAGCGACGGAGAGAGCGAGGGAGAGAGCGGGAGAGAGAGCGCCCGCGCUCGAGCGCUGGCGAGCGAAACUUCGUGUAGUGGCCGUGGGGCAGUUUACACAGCUACCGUGUUAGUCAGGAUACCCGCUACAGUUCCACGAACAGAGAUGAAGAAUCAAAUGAAGUAUAGCGCCGGCAUCAUCGCCUGCCUCAUGAUACUAACCGUUCUACUUGUAACGAAUAACUACAAAUACCUCGUCGAUAAUGCUACUCGGCGACCGAUCGUUGCCAUGGACCGGGAGACUGAACCACCACGCCAAGCGAAUUACCUAGCAGGCAGAACCACAGCGCAGCAAUGGUCCAUGCUAAAGGCGGAAGCGAUGCGCAGCCUAAAACUACCGUCGCUGCCGAGAGAUGGCGACACUAGCGAACCGGGAGCCACCGUGACCGUCCCCGAAGAACUCCUGCGUCAGAUCGCCAACAAAACGGACGAGGAUCUAGGCGACCUCGACGCGACCAGCGAGCGCUCCUACGCAUAUUACCGCAAACUCGCGAUCCGGCGUCCGAUGCCGCCAACCGCACACGAUACGUUACGAUACGGGGUCGACCGAUACGCUAGCAUCGUGCGCGUUACUCCCCGGGUGUCCGCCUCCGCCGUCGCCGACGGUAGCGGCACGCGAGCGAGAUCGAGAUACAACGGCGGCGUGCCCAACUACCUCAACUACGCCGUGCAGGUACGCGACGACAAUCGCUCCCUCCGUCCGUCGGCGAGUAAACGCGACGGACAAAAGAGAGUCGCGUUCUUCUUCAACGAGACGCAGCGACGCGACGUCGUCAAUGCGUCGGCGGCGAGCAGAUUCAGUCUCCAGCGACUGAACGUCGGCUCGUCGGGGUCAAACAAAGGUCGCGUGCUGAUGAACGCCGACGUGACUGCCGCUGCGCAUGCGCAGCAUGUCGAUGCUGACCGACGGAAGUCGGCGGACGCGCUGCGGAUGGCUGACCCGGAUGUUCAUUCGGAGCGAUGGGUCGUCGUGACGUCGAUUAAUCGUCCCACGAAGGAUAUUAGCAGACUGGCGUCGAUGCCCGAUUGGAAGGUGGUCAUUGUCGGAGACAAGAAAACGCCGGCAAACUGGAGUCACCCGAACUGCAUCUAUUUGAGCCCAGAGCGACAAAAAUCGUUAGGUUAUGGAAUAUUAGAGAGGCUCCCGUGGAAACAGUUAUUCCCGAAAGAAGGCGGAUAUCUCUAUGCAAUACAGCAUGGUGCCAAAUUUAUAUUCGACACCGACGACGACAACCACCCGACGGACAACCUGGCGAGCUUCGUAUACGAACCACGUAUGACGGGACUAGUCGCCGGACAGGAUAAAGGUGGUAGCGCGUCUAGCUUCACUAAUCCGUACGCACACUUCGGACAGCCGACGAUCUGGCCGCGAGGGUAUCCGUUAAAUAAAAUCGGAUUGAGCCGAACGCCGAAAUACGUCGUCUGCGAGUUUAAGACGCCCGCCAUCCAGCAGGGAAUCGUCAACGGAGACCCGGAUGUAGACGCCAUGUUUAGAUUGACGCGGAAGAACGUCGGCGAACGUUUGAACUUAACGUUCGACGGAACAGCGCCGCCCGUUGUUCUCUCUCCCGGCACGUUCUCGCCGUUCAAUUCGCAGAACACGUUGUUCCACCGCGCGGCGUUCUGGGGCCUUCUGCUUCCCGUCACGACCACAUCGCGAGUGUGCGACAUCUGGCGGGGAUACUCGACGCAGAGACUUCUGUGGGAAACCGGCGGCCAUCUUGCUUUCUUCGGACCGACGAGCUUCCAGCACCGGAACUCGCAUUCGUACAUGACCGACGCCGCCGACGAAAAUGAUCUCUACCACAGAAGCAAUCAACUUGUCGAUCUUCUGCGACACUACCGCUGCACGGCCGACGAUCUGUACGCCUGCAUGAUCGAGCUUACAGACGAGAUGGUGCGACACGAUCUACUGCAGAUAGAAGACGCUCUGCUAGCGAGAGCUUGGAUAGACGAUCUCAGACGUGUCGGCUACACGCCACCUGCCACGCUGCGCAAAGCCGCCGCCGCAGCAGCCGCCGCCGACGACAACGACGACGAGAAGGAGGCGGUGUUGGCUACGCUGCGCAGAGGAGGAAACGACGACGAGGAGGCGGUGUUCGCACGCACCUGCUCGCACGAGGAGAUCAACGGAGCCGAGCUGCAGUUCGAACCGAUCCCGCAGCCGACGUCGCUCGUGCACGCGCCGACGCCGACGAGAGUUCUUCAGAACGAGGCCGCGAUCGCAGCGCUACAGCGCGACAUCUGCCCGACAUUCGUACGACGGCCGUUGUCUGCUGCGUCGUCGGCUGCGGUGUCGUCGGCGGCUACGGCGUCGGCGACGGAUUUACUCUUCGACGACAUCUUACUCGUCGUGCUCUUCAAUGACAAUCACGCCGACGUCAUACCGCUUCUCGAGGUCAUGUACCGGCCAAACUUCCCGAACAUUCUCUAUUGUGGUGAGUUCCUACCGGACACACACAACCGCACGGUCUUCGGCGACGUAAAAUACUCGUUCUACGCAAUCCCGAACAUCGGACCACACGGCCAUUACGGCUACGAAUGCAUGAUGGGCGCCGUGCGCAUGCGCUACAACGUCUCCGGAUACCUGCUCAUCAACGACGACGUGCGAAUGAACAUUCGGCAGUGGGCCAACUUCAAUAGGUCGGCGAUGAUCUUCGAGGAUGCGUCGCGACAGGUCGCCGACGUGCGGCUGGGGAAGUUGUGUCGCUGGCAUGCGAACGACGACACGUGCGACAUAUCGCACAAGCAUAAGUGGCUGCGAAUCUAUCGUAAGCAGUUAACCCGAACGCUCGAUCGCUUGAAAUCGGCGCCGUCGACAAGCGUGCUUAACCGCUGCUACCGCAACCUCGUCGCGCUGAACAAAGGAGAGUACCGAGUCAACUACAAAGUAUCCGACGUCUACUACAUCCCGCGGCGGCUCGCCGACGACUUUGCCGCGCUGGCGACCGUGUUUAGAGACGAGGUGGUGUUCGUAGGUCUCGCCGUACCGACGAUCAUGCGCUGCCUGGACGAGCGGGAAAGCUUACAGAAGGUGAAGCAUAUGUUUUUGUGGGGGCCGAAUAGAACAGACGACGCUCCGUGGACUCGCUGGGAGGAGAGUCUUCGCUAUCACGCGUUUCAUCCGUAUAAACUCAGCUCGCUGCUCGCGAGGGACCCGUUACAGAUUCAACAUUUCUGCACGCAGGUCCUUCCUGAGUUUGCCAGCUGCCGGCCUGCGUAUUGGCCUUAAUAGUUUCACGGACGAAUCUGCGCCUAUUUUUAAUCGGGACACCGAUCUUAUGCAUACGAACGAAAUCGGGUUGCUGUAAGAGGCAUAUAACAGUAAGCUUAUAUGCACUAUUUCGUCUGUAGAAAAGGCCUUUUUUGGCAUUUUUUUUCGCCGAAAUUCGGCACUAGAGUGCAAU